GUGGAAGUUGAUCGUAUUCAACAGUGCGAAGUGACGUGUAGGAGUAUGGACACUGCGAGCGGACGUCUUAUGAAACUUCACAAACUAUGAAAGGACUUGCGACCACGUCUUUGGAUGUGCUGCGUUAGCGGUCUUACUACGGUUGACUCACAGUUUCAUGUUCAACUUUGAUGAAAGAAGUUAUUCAUCUCAGAACAAACAACACGACACUCACUGGCUAGCACAUUAGCUAACACAGGAAGAGCCUCUGCUGUAACGAUAGCUAAAGUGUCUGUUAUGCUAAGUUAGUAAAAUAUUGUACUAACACCGGAGCCAAGAUAUGAAAAGCACUAAGAAGGAUUUGACUCUCUGCAACUGACGGAUCUCUUACAGGAACCGCACUAGUUAGCUUGCUAGUAUUAGCCCCUCGCCUGAGCAGGUACAUAUAAGAGUGAACUGUCAAAAUGUCUCUGCUCCGAGGUGAAGAUAUGUGCCUGGCACAACUGUUUCUACAGUCUGGAUCAGCAUACGACUGCAUCAAUGAACUUGGAGAACUGGGGCUUGUGGAGUUCAGAGACCUCAAUCCCAGUGUGAACGCAUUCCAGCGAAAACAUGUCAAUGAGAUCAAAAAAUGUGAAGAGAUGGAGAGGAUCCUUGGAUACCUUCUGAGGGAAGUCAAGAAAGCAGACAUUUCACUGCCAGAAGGAGACAUGAACCCAGUGGCUCCUUUACCCAAGCACAUCAUGGGGAUUAUGGAGCAGCUACAGAGGCUAGAAGUGGAGUUGGGUGAAGUAACCAGGAAUAAAGAGAAGCUGCAGAGGAAUCUGCUGGAGCUGACGGAGUACACACACAUGCUGCGCAUCACCCGCAACUUUGUACAGAGAUCUGCUGAGCGAGAGCCCAUACAAGUACAGUAUGAGGAGUUUCCCUUCCUAGAAAAAGACACAGCGAUGGACUACAGCAGCAUGCAGAGGCUAGGAGCCAAACUGGGUUUCAUUUCUGGGCUUAUUCAGAGGGGGAAGAUCGAGGCCUUUGAGCGGAUGCUUUGGCGAGUGUGUAAAGGCUACACCAUCCUCAGCUAUGCGGAGAUCGAAGAGUAUCUGGAAGAUUCUGACACGGGUGAGCCGACCAAAAGCGUAGUGUUCCUGAUCUCUUACUGGGGAGACCAAAUUGGCCAGAAAGUGAAGAAGAUCUGUGACUGCUACCACUGUCACUUGUAUCCCUAUCCUAGUAGCAAUGAGGAGAGGAAUGAUGUUGUGGAAGGACUCAGAACUCGCAUUCAGGACCUGCACACAGUACUUCAUAGGACAGAGGACUAUCUGAGACAGGUCCUGAUUAAGGCUUCGGAAUCCGUCUACACCUGGGUCAUCCAGGUCAAGAAGAUGAAAGCCAUCUACUAUAUUCUGAACCUGUGUAGUUUUGAUGUUACAAACAAGUGUCUGAUCGCUGAGGUGUGGUGUCCUGUGGAUGACAUUCCCACCCUGCGGAGGGCGCUAGAAGAAGGAUCGAGAAAAAGUGGAGCCACAGUUCCUUCCUUUGUCAAUCGUAUCCCCACCAAAGACACUCCCCCAACCCUGAUAAGGACCAACAAAUUUACCUCUGGCUUCCAGAACAUUGUGGAUGCCUAUGGAGUGGGCACCUACAGGGAGGUUAACCCUGCUCCUUUCACAAUCAUCACCUUCCCGUUCCUGUUUGCUGUGAUGUUUGGGGACCUGGGUCAUGGAGUUAUUAUGGCUGUGUUUGCUUUCUGGAUGGUGCUCUAUGAGAACAACCGCAAACUUAAAAACACAAGGAAUGAGAUCUGGAACACAUUCUUUGAGGGGCGUUAUAUAAUCCUGAUGAUGGGCCUGUUCUCCAUCUACACUGGCCUGAUAUACAAUGACUGUUUCUCAAAGUCCCUUAAUAUCUUUGGUUCUGGAUGGAGCGUGAAAGCCAUGUUCACAGCAAAUGUCUGGAAGGACAGGGAUAUCCAGGGGAAUGGUCUUCUUACUCUGGAUCCAAAUGUUACAGGAGUUUUCACUGGACCAUACCCUCUGGGAAUUGACCCAAUUUGGAACCUGGCAACCAACCGCCUUACAUUUCUGAACUCUUAUAAGAUGAAGAUGUCAGUGAUACUGGGCAUCAUACACAUGAGCUUCGGGGUCAUCCUCAGCACUUACAAUCACUUGCACUUUAGGAAGAAGUACAACCUGUACUUGGUAUUUCUCCCUGAACUCCUGUUCCUGCUGUGUCUGUUUGGGUACCUGGUGUUCAUGAUAGUGUACAAGUGGCUGGUCUUCUCUGCUAAGGACUCCAGACUGGCCCCGAGCAUCCUCAUGCACUUCAUAAACAUGUUUCUCAUGCAGGGUGAAGUGCAGCCUCUCUACCCAGGACAGUCUGGCUUCCAGGUAUUUCUGUUGGUCAUUGCUGUUCUCUCAGUGCCUGUCUUACUCGCGGGGAAACCCAUCUACCUUUAUUGGCUUCACAAUGGAAGCCGCCGCCUAGGAAUGUACAGGGGAUAUGAGCGUGUACGGCGUAACAGUGAAGAGGAGCUCUACCUGAUGAGGGCUCAUGACAUGGAGGAGGGCAGCAGUCACAGUGAUCUCUCCACUAGUGGAGACUGCCACACAGAGGAGUUUGACUUUGCAGAUGAGUUGCUGCAUCAGUCCAUCCACACUAUAGAGUAUUGCCUGGGUUGCAUCUCCAACACAGCCUCCUACCUAAGGCUCUGGGCUCUAAGUCUGGCACAUGCCCAGCUAUCAGAGGUGCUUUGGACCAUGGUGAUGAGAGUAGGGCUACAAAUGGGCACUACUCUCGGGGUUUUAUUCCUGGUGCCUGUGUUUGGCCUGUUUGCUGUUCUCACUGUGUCCAUUCUUUUGGUAAUGGAGGGUCUGUCUGCAUUCCUUCAUGCCCUCCGGCUGCACUGGGUGGAGUUUCAGAAUAAAUUCUACAGUGGGACUGGAGUCAAGUUUUGCCCCUUCUCCUUCUCUCUCCUGCCCUCCAGCUUUGAGCACGAUGGCUUACUGUGAAAGGACUAUUUGCUAAUACUGUUAGGUGGUAAAUAGCCAAAACAAGCCAUCAGACUUAUUCCAGAUGUCAUGAGACUUUUUUCUGUUCAUCUUUUAACAGUUUGUCAUAAAAAGACAUUUAAUGUUGAGCUUCACAGAUUUCGGACUAAAAAACGCUGCCCUCCCAACAGUGUACUGACAGUACAGAGUGCACUGUUGAGAAGUUACUGUUUCUUAUUGCAAAUGUAUACAUGAAUGGGUAUUUUGUACCAGAUUCAGUAUGCGUCACUGCAGGACAUUUUGUGAGGGUGAAAUUCGAGGCUCAAAUUUAAAAUGUAACUCAAGUACUUAAAACUGUCAGUUUUCUCAUGAGGCAUAUUUGGUAAUAGUUGUAAAUGUCACUUGUAUGGAGAACCACAUCUGCCAAACUUAUUAAUAAAUAGGUAAAAAAGAUAUAGCAUUUUUAGUAUGUAAUGGAUGGCCCCAACAUGUUGCUGGUUUUGAUCUUUUCGUGGGAUUUGCUGAUUAAAUAAGAUGAAAGAUAAAAUAACAUCCUCCUUUUCCUUGAAGAAUAAUAUGUCUAUUUCUGUUGGUUCCAUUUUGACUUUCUUUCACUGAGUUUCAGUUAUGGCAGGUCUGGUUUCCAUACACUGGGUAGUGAGCCACCUUUCGGUUACAUAGUUCCUGCUCAACCUUUUGUUGAGCUGACUGCCUUACAGAACAACCAAAUGACGACAUACUGUGUAAUUCUCCAGUUUCCUUUGUAUAAACAUUGCAAAGGAUCUUUGACAUUUUCAGUAUGGAAAAGUGUUUGGGCAGGUGUGUGAUGAUAUGUAUAUACUUUUACAGAAUUAUUUUUUAAUUUAUUAUAUUUUAAAAUGUUGCAUCAGAAUUAAAGAUGAAUGUUAAUGGGGAUAUGAUUUUUACUUUAAUGCAUUCACAGUAUUGCCUAUGCGUCUGCCACUUGCUGUACAAUUUAACAUUCCAUGCAGGAAAAACUUUAAUCAUUCAACUCUGCUGGUCUGGAGAGCCAUAUCCAUAUUCGACACAGUGGUUACAUCUUCUUUGGACAAGACUGACAUGAGGCAUUAGUAGUAUUUACUAAUUGUUUUGAAUUUCUUGGUACUGUAUGUAUGGAAUUGGUAUUUUUCUAAGGGAAGGAAACUUAAUUGUCGUAACUGUCGCAUUAUUGAUGUCUGCACUUUUUCAUUGGCAAAACAUUUAGCAAAAAGUAAGAUACGGGAAUUUUUGAAAGUCAUGACCUUCUAUGUCAGGUUGUAAUGGUGAAAAAAAGGUAUCAAAUCUUGAUGAUGCAAGUGGCAGACACUGUUUUAUCGGGGGCAAAUAAGCAAAUAAUGAUCCAUUAGCAAUUAUUGGUUGAAGGGGUAUUAUAUUUCUUCUAAUGGAGCCCUAAUCUUGCCAUUAAUUUUAUUAAGAAUUUUGGGGGGUUUUUUCAUUGACAAACACUCCAUGUUCCUUUUGAGAAUAUCCUCAUGUCAAUAAUAAAUUGUAUUUGUUUUGAA